AUGAGUAGGACUCUGCUGUGGCUGCUGGCCUCUCUGGCCUUUGUCUCUUUGACUUCUCUGGCUGAUGGAGCUCCAUUGAAGGUGAUGUCUGCCCCUAACUUGUUGCGGGUAGGAUCAGCAGAAAACGUCUUUGUGGAAUGUCAAGACUGCACCGGGGGAAACAUCCUGGUCAAGAUCAACGUGAUGAACCAUCCAACCAAAACCUCACAGCUGACAUCCACAUCUGUGACCCUUACCAGUGCAAGAAACUUCCAGGAGCUCGGACAAAUAACUAUCCCUCCUGGAAGCUUCAGUAAGGAUCCUACCAUAAAGCAGUAUGUGUACCUGCAAGCUCAGUUCCCUGACCGACUGCUGGAGAAAGUCGUCUUAGUGUCCUUCCAGUCUGGGUACAUCUUCAUCCAGACUGACAAGACCCUCUACACCCCCAACAGCAGAGUUCAUUACAGGAUGUUUGCAGUGACACCCCGUAUGGAGCCCGUAGAGAGGGAUGCCGAAGCUCAAACUGAUGCUUCUAUUUCCAUCGAGAUUGUGACCCCUGAGGACAUCAUCUUACCACUUGAUCCAGUCUCUUUGAAAUCAGGGAUCCACUCUGGAGAUUUCCAACUCGCUGAAAUUGUCAGUCCCGGACUGUGGAAAGUGGUGGCGAAGUUCCAGAGCAACCCACAGCAGAGCUAUUCUGCAGAGUUUGAGGUCAAAGAAUAUGUGCUGCCCAGUUUUGAAGUUAAACUGAUGCCUGUUAGCUCCUUCUACUACGUGGACAGUCAAGAGCUCACCGUCAACAUCAAAGCUACGUAUCUGUUUGGUGAAGAGGUGGAUGGGACGGCCUAUGUUGUGUUUGGGGUUAUGCAAGACAAUCAAAAGAAGAGCUUUCCAACUUCUCUUCAGAGAGUGCAGAUAGAGGGAGGUGUUGGAAUGGUGACACUGAAGAGAGAGCACAUCACACAGACCUACCCAAACAUCCUUGAACUGGUGGGGAGUUCCAUAUAUGUAGCUGUCAGUGUGCUGACGGAGAGCGGUGGUGAAAUGGUGGAGGCAGAGUUGAGAAGUAUCCAGAUUGUUACAUCACCUUACACUAUCACCUUUAAGAAAACGCCCAAAUUUUUCAAACCAGGAAUGUCCUUCGAUGUUACGGUUGAAGUUGAGAAUCCUGACGGCACUCCGGCAGAGCGUGUUCCAGUGGUGGUCGACCCCGGCCAAGUGAAGGGCUUCACUGCAGCCAAUGGCAUGGCAAAGCUUUCCGUCAAUACAGGGGCGGGGGGACAAAGACUGACAAUCACCGCAAAGACCAAGGAUGAGGUUAUUUUAAAUGAAAGGCAAGCAUCAGCCACCAUGGUAGCUCUCCCAUAUACCACUCCCGGCAACAAUUACAUCCACGUAGGUGUGGACACAGCUGAGCUGAAAUUAGGAGACAACCUGAAAUUCAGCCUCAACCUCAACAGGCAGGGAAAUCAUGACAUCACAUACCUGAUCCUGAGCAGAGGUCAGCUGGUGAAAAAUGGCCAUCACAAGAACGCAGGUCAAUUUCUGAUUUCCCUAAAUGUUCCCAUUACCAAAGACAUGCUGCCAUCGUUCCGCAUCAUAGCCUACUACCACACAAAUGGCAAUGAAGUGGUAUCAGACUCUGUUUGGGUGGAUGUAAAGGACUCCUGCAUGGGCUCGCUGAGGCUGGAACCAUCAAGACCCGCUCCAUCCUAUGAGCCUCGCAAGAUGUUUGGUCUUAAGGUCACUGGAGACCCAGAUUCCACAGUGGGACUGGUGGCAGUUGACAAAGGCGUCUAUGUCCUAAACAACAAGCACCGUCUCACCCAGAAAAAGGUGUGGGAUAUUGUAGAGAAGUACGACACAGGCUGCACACCAGGUGGAGGGAAAGAUGGUAUGGGUGUGUUCUACGAUGCUGGGCUGUUGUUUGAGUCCAACACUGCUUCUGGAACUCCUUACAGACAAGAAUUGAAAUGUCCGGCCCCCAGCAGAAGGAAACGAGCCGCUACUAUAAUGGAUGUCACAACCAGCUUAGCGAGUCAGUAUGAAGACCAACUGCAACGUGACUGUUGUUUGGAUGGCAUGAGGAACACCCCCCUCUCAUACACCUGUGAGAGGCGAGCGCAGUACAUCAGUGAUGGUGCAGACUGUGCCGCAGCCUUCCUGCACUGCUGCAAGGAGAUGGAAACCCAGCGAGCUGAGAGGAAGGAGGAUAGCCUCCUACUGGCUCGCAGUGAGGAGGAUGACAGUUACAUGGACAGCAAUGAAAUUGUUUCUCGCACCAAGUUCCCUGAAAGUUGGCUGUGGACAGACAUCAAACUGCCUGCUUGUUCUCCACAAACACCUAACUGUGCCACCACAUCUCUGAUGAAAAAUGUUCCUUUGCAAGACUCAAUCACAACCUGGCAGUUCACUGGCAUUAGUUUGUCAAGAACUCACGGAAUCUGUGUCGGCGAGCCGUUAGAGGUCAUUGUCCGGAAGGAAUUCUUCAUUGACCUCAGGCUGCCGUACUCUGCUGUCCGUGGAGAACAGCUGGAAAUUAAGGCAAUCCUCCACAACUACAGCCCCGAUCCUGCCACCGUGCGUGUGGAUCUGACUGAUGAGGAGCAUGUGUGCAGUUCAGCCUCUAAACGUGGAAGGUAUCGUCAGGAGGUCAAAAUGGGGGCCCAAACUACACUAGCUGUACCCUUCAUCAUUAUUCCCAUGAAAGAAGGAACAUAUAGCAUUGAGGUCAAAGCAGCUGUUAAAGAUUCUUCGCUAAAUGAUGGAAUCAUAAAGAAGCUGCUGGUGGUGCCUGAAGGCGUUCUGGUUAAAUCUCCUCAGAUUAUAAUUUUAGACCCCACUACUAAAGGUGUAGGUGGUACACAAGAAGAAACUCUCAAUAGUGGAAUUCCUAUAAAAGAUUUGGUUCGAAACACACCUACUAGCACACAGAUCUCAGUGACAGGGAGAGAACAAGUUUCUGCGCUGGUGGAGAACGCCGUUAGUGGGAGCUCUAUGGGUACUCUGAUCGUCCAGCCCGGCGGCUGUGGAGAACAGAACAUGAUCGGCAUGACCCUACCAGUCAUUGCAGCCACAUAUUUGGACAAAACCAACCAGUGGGAAACUGUGGGCUUUCAGAAACGUAACGAAGCCCUCCAACACAUCAAGACCGGCUACCAGAAUGAGCUUGUCUUCCGUAGAAAUGAUGGGUCUUUUGCUACGUUCACGCAUUAUACGACAGGCAGCACCUGGCUGACAGCUUAUGUUGCCAAGGUGUUUGCCAUGGCUAACAAUCUGGUGGCAGUGCAAAGUCAACACAUCUGUGACGCUAUCAAGUUUCUGAUUCUCAAAGCACAGCAACCUGACGGCUUGUUUCGAGAAGUUGGAACGGUUAUCCAUGGAGAGAUGAUUGGUGAUGUGAGGGGCGCAGAUUCAGAGGCCUCCAUGACAGCCUUCUGCCUCAUUGCCAUGCAGGAGUCUCGCACCAUAUGUUCUGCCAGUGUUAAUAGUAUGCCAGGCAGUAUAGACAAAGCAGUGAACUAUCUGGAAAGGCGUCUGCCCAGCCUCACCAACCCAUAUGCUGUUGCCAUGACAUCAUAUGCCCUGGCCAAUGAAAACAAACUGAACAAGGAGAUCCUCUACAAGUUUGCUUCCCCAGAGUUGUCCCACUGGCCGACACCUAAGGGAUACGUUUACACACGGGAGGCCACAGCUUACGCUCUUCUCGCGCUGGUCAAGGCCAAGGCAUUUGAAGAAGCCAGACCUGUUGUCAGAUGGUUCAACACACAGCAGAAGGUGGGCGGAGGCUAUGGAUCAACUCAGGCUACUAUAAUAGUGUAUCAGGCUAUAGCAGAGUACUGGACUAGUGCUAAAGAACCAGAGUAUGAUCUGAAUGUGGACAUCUUGUUGCCAGGCAGGUCAAAGCCUGACAAGUACAACUUCAACAGGGACAACCACUAUGCCACCAGAACAUCUAAAAUCAAAGAUAUAAACCAGAAUGUGAAGGUAACUGCCAAGGGCACAGGAGAAGCAACAGUGAAAAUGGUGUCGCUGUAUUACGCUCUGCCUACAGAAAAGGAGAGUGACUGUCAGAAGUUUAACUUGUCAGUGCAACUCCUCCCAGAGAAAAUGGAUGAAGAAGAGAACACAUACAAGCUGCGAAUAGAGUUUUUUUAUAAGGACAAAGAGAGGGAUGCAUCCAUGUCAAUCCUGGAUAUUGGCUUGCUAACUGGCUUCACCGUUAACACAAAUGACCUGGACUUAUUGUCUAAAGGACGAGCCCGCGUUAUUGCAAAAUAUGAGAUGAAUACAGUCCUGUCAGAAAGAGGCUCACUCAUCAUCUACCUGGAUAAGGUUUCUCACACACAACCAGAGGAGAUCACUUUUAGGAUCCAUCAGAAGCUGAAAGUGGGAGUCUUACAACCAGCUGCUGUGUCUGUCUAUGAAUACUAUGACCAAACACAUUGUGUUAAAUUCUACCAUCCAGAGAGGAAAGCUGGAAAGCUGCUGCGGCUCUGUACAAGUGAUGAAUGCACAUGUGCAGAAGAGAACUGCAGUAUGCAGAAGAAGGACAAAAUCACCAAUGAUCAGCGAACAGCUAAGGUCUGUGAGAGUACACAGACCAGCAUAAUAGAUUUUGUGUACAAAGUGAGACUGGAAAGUUUUGAAGAAGAUGUGUCCACUGACAUUUACAAAGCGAAGGUACUGGAAGUCAUCAAAGAAGGAAGUCUAGAUGUGGGUCCUCUGAAUAAAGUGCGCAGAUUCCUCAGUUAUCCCCACUGCAGGGAGUCUUUAGAUCUGGGGACAGGAAAAACCUACCUUAUCAUGGGCACGUCCAAAGAUAUUCACAGAGAUGACCGGCAACAAUCGUAUCAGUAUGUAUUCGGAGAGAGAACCUGGCUCGAGUACUGGCCAACAGAAGCAGAGUGUCAAACUGAGCAAUACAGAAUUAUCUGUCUGGGCAUGGAGGAGAUGGUUCAGCAGUACCAAGUCUUUGGGUGUCAGCAGUAGUGAAACUCAAGAAAAGAAAAUUGUUUUUAAAUUGUUUUUAUUUUGCAUAAUUCUUGUUAUGUAAAACAUUCCCUGCUAUGGGAUAUGAGGGCUUAUAAUGUUGUACUGUAUUGAGUCAAAUGUAAUGGUCUUAAAUCUCAUUGUCUUUGUAUGAAAAAUAGACACUGAUUACUGUUAUUUUGGUUGUGAUUCAGAAUAUAUAUGCUCAUGUAAAUCAAUUAACGAUACUUGCAGCAGUAAUAAAGCUGACAUUUUAAGCUAUUGUAAAACCAGUGUCAAAAAUAAAAGUAAAGUUGGUGGUAGAGUGGGCGCCCAUAUAUAGAGGUUUACUCCUCGGCGCAACGGGUCGAUUCUGACCUGGGGCCCUUUACUGCAUGUCAUUCUCUCUCUCUCUCUCUCUCUCUCUCUCUCUCUCUCUCUCUCUCCCCUUUCAAGUCCAAGCUGUCCUAUAGAAAUAGAAAUAUAAAAUCUUUAAAAAUAAAAUAAAACUAUGUUUAACUG